AUGUUUCUUAAAUAUUUCACCAUACUUUCCACAAUCGCCACAACAACCGUACUAUGUGAGGAGAGGAAGGCCUCUACCAAGGAGUCGCUGGGCAAAUUCCACGCGCAACUGACCAUCGUCAAUGGGUAUCCGGCGACAGUCGGCCAAAUACCUUAUUUCGUAUCGAUUAAGGAGCCAGUCCGAAGGUACAACAGCGAGAGGAUGCUGUGGAAGAACCUCUGCGGCGGCAGCAUCAUCAGCGUGAACAAGGUCCUGACGGCCGCCCACUGCUUCGAGGUGUACAACUAUAAAUACCUGAGGGAACCCAGCGCGCUGCGCGUGGUGGCGGGCAACAUCAGGAACUUCAUCCUGCACUCCGGCAGCGAAGUGACGGAGCCCGAGAACCAAUGGAGGGCCAUCCUCAGGAUCGUGCUGCAUGCCUACUUCAGCUUCCCCAAGAACGACAUCGCGCUGGUGUUCGUCAGGAAUUGGGUGUACGGCGACUACAUAAGCUACGUGGUGCCGGCCAACGUCACAAAAGACUACGACGGGCCCUGCCACGCCGUGGGGUUCGGGAUGAUAGGGCACGGCAUGACGGAGACGGCGUCCCACGUGCUGCUGGUUGCGAGCAUCGAGGUGAUGGAGCGCUGGAGGUGUUCCGUCCUGUGGAGCGUGAACAUGGACGCUCACGUCUGCUCGGACUCGAGCUUGACGGACGUGGCCAGGGGUGACUCGGGGGGGCCGCUUGUGUGCAAGGGCACGGGCGACCCCGCAGAGGUGCCCGGUAAGGACCUCUUGGUGGGGGUCGUGAGCGGCAAGAGCUUCGACAAGACCACGUUGUACACCCGCGUGUCGGCCCACAAGGACUGGAUCCAGCGCGACGCCGCCACCAAAUUUACCAGUAGUUUCUACCUCACUCUGGUCAUAUGCCUGUUCAGAUUAUACGACGUCUAUGGUAUU